AUGGCUCAAGCCUCCGAGUGCCGAAAUUCCCACCUCUAUUACUACAGCAUCAAAUUUGCUCUGUCCACCUAUGCCACCCUCUUCUCGAUCCUCGGCCUCGUGAUCUUGUGCGUCGGGAUUUACGCCGAAGUAGAGAGGCAAAAGCACAAAACCUUGGAAGGAAUCUUCCUGGCUCCGGCCAUCAUCCUCCUCCUGCUGGGCUUCACCAUGUUUGGCGUCUCCUUUGUCGGCAUGGUGGGGAGCCUCAGGGACAACCGGACGCUGCUGAAGACGUUCUUCUGGGUCCUUCUGGUGAUCUUCCUCACGGAGCUUCUGCUGAUAUUCAUUGAAAUCAUCUUUGAAAACAAGAUGAAUGCAGUUUUCCACUCCAAUAUCCAAGAGGGCAUCAGACAUUAUUACGAUGACCUUGACUUCAAGAACAUCUUGGAUUUUGUACAACAAAAGUUUUCUUGCUGCGGCGGCGAUGAGUACCGAGACUGGGAGGUUAACCAGUACCACUCCUGCAACGGCAGCGGGCCGCUGGCAUGUGGGGUGCCCUACACGUGCUGUGUCAGGAAGGUCCCUGGGGAAGUCAUUAACACCCUGUGUGGAUACAGGACGCUUGAUAAAGAGCGCCUGGAGCUGCUCAGCGUCAUCCACGUGCGAGGCUGCAUCCACGCCGUCGGGCUCUGGCUCAAAGACAACUUCGAGGCCACUUUGGGCAUCGUUUUCUCCUUGCUGCUUCCACAGGUGAUUGGCCUCGUGAUGGCUUGGCUGUAUUGGCAAAAGCUCAAUGACAUCUACUCCAAGCUGGACACCGUUGACUUCAAGAUCCUGGAGAUGCGGGAUUUCAGCUUCGGGGCGGUGGACCUGAGCGGCGCUGGCUGGUGCUGGUGCUUGCCCAAGGAAGGGGGCUACAUUCCCGUCAAUGCUGAGGAUGAGGAAGACGAGGAGGAGGAAGGCGCCAUUUGCCACAGCAAAGUGUGGCAGGUGGUGGACUGA